AUGGCUGAAGAGCUGGAGCAGGUACUUUGUACCUUCCAGGGCUGUAGGCUUGGCUUCAAUUCCGUCAGCGAGAUGCAACACCAUAAAGCCAAUGCGGACAGACAUUCUUACUGUAUGAAAUGUGACCUCGACUUCCCGUCUCAGCAGACCCUUCAUCUGCACAAGAUUAUGAGCGACCGUCACUUUGCUUGCCCUGAAUGCUGUCUUGAGCUCCGCAGCGAGGCCGGUCUGGAAGUUCAUAUGAGAAACAAUCACCAUGAAGGUCGCGAAGUCGCUUGCAUGGGCUGUGGUUGCAAGUACAAGUCCGCUUCUGCAGUCAUUAAACACAUCGAAGACAAGGACUGCCCUGUCCUUACCCUGCCAGACAAAGCCCGCGACGGUGCCAACUAUGACCUUCACGGCGCAGCAAGUGUUCUGACCAUGGGCAGGGAUUCUCCUGGACCACAGUCCCCGCCCUCUGAUACCUCCAGUGAGGACCCGGAUACGGAUGGUGGCGUUCUGCUGGAUCUCCAAACACCCCGUAUGGAAGGAAAGCGCCCUGCUCGCGAUACCAAUGAUGCAACCAUCCCUCAUGAUAACUGGCCCGAGCUGGGCACUCCGAUGACCCCAGUCAAAGGAAAAGCAGGAAGUAGCUCCACUGAAUCGCCCGGGGGGUGUCCUCCUCGACGAUAUUUUCGUGAGGCAGGACCCUCUGGAUCUUCUCUGGUUGUCCAAGAAGCAGGUCCUUCUCACCAUGUUUCUCCCGUUCGUUGCCGAGCAGCGGCUCACCGCAAGAUUCAAGGCGUGAACCCUGAUAGCUUCUGGAAUCAUGAGAAGCGACGCUACUACUGCAACUGCGGUUCAUCUUUCUUGUACAUUACCACAUUUGAGUAUCAUCUCACGAUGGAGGAUGAAACAAUCAACGAUUGCCCUCGAUGCUUCAAACGGUUCAGAACCCUCGCCGCACUCGUCGCGCACAUGGAGGCUCGAUACUCUAAGUGUGCUUUCCGUGUGACCACAGGUCAAAUUGAACAGGAACUCAACGAAGUUACUCGUGGCUUUGCCGAUAUCCCGCGGAUGAUCGGUGACGAAACGGAGCCGGGGGAGAUUGCUUUCGAUGUGAGUAGCCAGCCUGAGCACAAUACUCCCGGGUCUUCGGAUGAGGAUGUCGCAUCCUUGAGCGGAGAUGAUGUCUCUUCGAACGCAGUGGCCGUCUCUUCGAAUGCAGAUGAUGUAUCUUCGGAUGCGGAUGAUGUUUCUUCGGAUGCAGAGGCUGUAGCUUCAAACGCGGGGCCCAUUCCUUCGAACGCAGAUGACGUUGAUGUCUCUUCGAAUGCAGAGACUGUAUCCUCCAAGGCGGUGGCCGUGUCUUCCAACGCGGGGCCGGUCUCUUCGAAUGCAGAUGACGUCUCUUCCAACGCGGAGACUGUAUCUUCCAACGCGGGGCCCGUAUCCUCGAACGCAGAUAAUGUCUCUUCAAAUGCGGAGGCUGUAUCUUCCGAUGCAGGAGUCGUGUCUUCUAACGUGGAGGCCGUUUCCUCAAACGCGGAAUCCCUAGUGGAUGGUUUGGAGGGAAUGGUCUUUUCUGAUAAGCACGAGGCAGAUGAGGAGGAAGAGCUUUGA